GCCGCCGAUCCCAGUGUGGCAAAUCCCAAGAUGCAGCCUGUCCGUCGUGUCGCGCUGCGCGUCGGCGCCGCCCGCGCGUACUCGACGCCGGCCUUUGGCGCGGUCCAGGCCACGUACACGCUCGCCAACGGCCACCCGCUGCACUACUUUACGCACGGCCCGGCGAACGCCGAGACGACGUACGUCCUCUUCCACGGCGCACCCGGGUCGCACAAGGACUUCAAAUACCUCGCGCCGCUGCUCGCCGAGACGAACGCCAACGUCAUUGCAUUCGACAUGCCGGGCAAUGGACUGACGCCGGCGGCGGCCGCUGGUGGCAUCCCGGGUCUCAGCGCGGACACGGUCAAUGCGGCGGCUGUGGAAGCCAUGGACGGCCUUCGCACCGGCCGCCGGCGCAUCGUGCUGGGCCACUCGUGCGGUGGCCACACUGCGAUCCAAGUGGCUGCGCGCGCCAAGCACGUUGACGGCCUCGUGCUGCUCAACUCGAUGGGGCUCCGGCCGCACCAGGGUAUUCGUCCGUUUGGCGUCAUGAACUGGAUGGCGAAGCGGCUUUACACCGAAGGCCUCGCACGGGACCUCGUCGCCAAGGCCAACCACUGGCUCUUCGUCGAGAUGUACAAGUUCCCGCGCCGGACGCCGCUCGAUGACCUCACGUAUGCGCUGCAGCGUUUCGGAACGGCCAACUUUGCCAACACCAACGUUUUUGCUGCCGAGCUUCAAGCGCGCGAGUUCCCAACCUUUGCCGCGUGGGCUGUUGACGACGCUCUUGUCGAGAAGGAAGUGUCGCGUGAGCUCAGCGAAGCCCUGCGCGCCAGUGUUCGAAAGGAGUAUGCUUCGGGCGGCCACAACAUUCAAAAGAUGCAGGCUGCGGACCUCGUUGCAGCAUUGGCCACGUGGAGCAAAGCGCUGGGAUCGCCUUAGCUCAUUAUGGAAUCGAAAGCGAGGAACUCGUAGAGAGAUACACGUUCUUGUAAAUAGCAACUUUCGAGGUUACGUUACAUUCGGCGUGUCAGAGACUCGACCUCAGGAGUACACUUGUAGCAGC